CUAGGCAACGGUCGUCUGAUUGGCUCCAACAUCAUGACUUCACAUUCGUGCGACGACCGAAAGAAAGUAGCGCCAUUUUGAAAAAAAAAAGAAGUAAAAAGCCUCUGACUUGUGUUAGUUCUUCUCGCUUUAAAGAACAAAAAAGAAAGAAACAAGGACAUGGAGCCUCUGGUGAACUGGACCCACGAAGAGACGGAGGCUCUUAUCUCGGUGUGGUCGGAGGAGAACAUCCAGCGAGGUCUGGAGGAGUCGUUUAGAAACGAGAAGGUGUACAGAGAGGUGUCAGGCAGACUAGCAGCCAGGGGGGUCAGACACUCUGCUAAACAGUGCAGGGAGAGGAUGAAGAAGCUCAAACACGAGUACAGGAAGAUUAAACUACACCGGGAGACAGGAGGGGCCAAGAGAAAGACCUUCAGGUGGUAUGAAGCCAUGGACACCACCAUGAGAGGAAGACCAGCUACAACAACAGACCACACAGAGCAGACAGACUCCAUCAUCACACCUGAACUCAUACUGGCACACCUGGACACAGAUUCACCCACUACGACAGUCUCUCCUGUGAGCUACAACAGCACCUUCAUACCCUGCUCUCCUCCAACCCUAACAUCUCCUAGCCCCACGGAGGACCCAGGUUUCUACUCCAUUCAACUAGAAGAUGUUGACGGUCCGUCUACAAGCACCACAAUGUCCUUCACUGCAGUGCAAACGUCAGUCAAAGAUACGUCCUUGUGCCAGUGGUCAAAAAAUGAGGUCCAAGCGUUGUUGACACUUUGGGCAAAUCCUGCCGUUCAAGACGAGCUUCGCCUCAACUUGAAGAAUCAUAAAGUUUACGCUAGCCUCAGUGCUAAAUUAGCAUCGCUUGGAUUCAACAAAGAGCCAAAGAAGUGCAGGGAGAAAAUCAAAAAACUGAAGCAGGACUACAAGAGAAUCAAAAACAGUCAACACAAGUGUGGAAGCAACAGCACACGUAAAAGUGUAUGGUUUGCAAUCAUGGAUGAUGUCCUCAGUUCCAAGGCUGCAGCAGCAAGACGUUCAGAAACAACAGAGCCCUCGCUGUUCAGUCAGACACAUUCUGUCCUGGAUGUGGACACUGAUGAUGAAACCCAGUGGUUGCCUGAUGAAGUCCAGGUGCUGAUGACCCUCUGGGCACAACCAAACAUUCAGGAACAGCUUCUCACCACAGCAACAACCAAUCAAGUCUUUACGUACCUCAGCGGUGAGCUCGCAUUGGUGGGGUUUAACAAGACACCACAUCAGUGCAGUCAUAAAGUAAAUAACCUUAUAGAGGAGUACAGGAGAAUCAGGGAAGUGGAACCAUACGGGGACGAUAGAAACGACUGGUUUGCUAUUUUGGACAGUGUCCUUAGUCCUGGUGGAGAGACCUAUACAGAGGUGGAUUCAUCUGCUGUGCUGACGCAACCGAAAUCACCAGAAGACAAGCAUGUGAAUGAUACAUCACGGGCUGUUUGGACAUCAGAUGAAAUCAAAGUGCUGCUCACGCGAUGGGCAGAGGAGAGUAUCCAGGAGCAGCUCGGUUCAACGCGGAGAAAUGAGAGAGUGUUCGCUCAGCUGAGCUCCGAGCUCGCCACUCAGGGCUAUGAUAAGACCACCAGCCAAUGCAGGUCACAAAUAGAACUGCUGAAGCAAGAAUACAGACAGAUUAAGGAACAGAAGGACUCUAAACAGCAGAAAAGCAGAUGGUUUGCCAUUCUGGAUAAAGUCCUUGGUCGUUGUAAACCAGAGGCUGAGAUUAAACAAGAAGCUGGAGUCCUGGAUUCGGCCCUUGCAUUUCUGCAGACGUCACAGCAAGACCUUUCUGAAACAGUGGAAGACUUAGGUCACCGCUUGUCCGUCUCCUCAUUGUGCCUCCUGGUCCCAACCUUGCGUCUGAUGUGUGCCUUUGCCUGGCGGGUGGUCCAGUGUUGUAAUGUGCUACAUUAUGGAAAGGUGGAGGAGCUGGUGAGGUCGGUGACGGAACUGGCUCCAGAGCUGCUGACGCCCAGAGAGAAAGUGCAACUCCUGCUCAAACUAAGGGCAAGGAUGGUGCUGGAAUUGUGUCGCAGUGAGAGCACAGCCAACCUGCUGUAUAUCCAGCCUCACCUGAAUAUCAUUGAAAACCUCUCAAUGGGCUCCACCUGUGAUCAGGAGGAAUUGGAGGAAUUGGAGGAGUUGGAAAGUUCAAAGUCCAACUUUGUGGAGGUUGUUCAUAUCCUGCUCGAGGACACGGAGGAGAGAAAGAUGUUUUUUGAGGAGGUCUUUCCCAUCCACUACGGUCAGCAGUAUGAGGCCACAUUUCAGACAUUAGUAUGGAAAUUCAUCUCUAGACUGGAUCAUCUUUUGCCUACACCAGAUAUUAAACAGACUGCAGAGUGGCUCAGCACUGCCCCCUCUGUCAUGGAAGAAUGUGGACAACUGGUUUUGGAACCAGAUCAGCUGAAGGCGCUACUGCAUUUCCACCAGCAACAGUCGGGAAGCACCAACCAACGUUAUUCUCAAAAUCAGAGUAUGUUUUUGCCGAGGCUGUUUCUCCCUCACAAACCAAACUCGUGGCAACUCGCUUCAGAGCAACGGGCAUCGUCCACAGGCGACGCAGAUGAAGGACAGUUUGAUUAUAGUGAGGAUGAGGAGGACGUUGAGGAAAACCAAACUGAAGAUAAAGCGACUCUGGAGGACUGUAGCGAAGGAGGUGAAGACCUGAAGUUGAAGGAAGAACAAAUCGAUGACUUGACAGCUGCACACUGCUCAAAUUUAAACAACCAUAUGCCUUUAAGACUGCAGACCUGCUCUUUUUGUCCCUACUCCGACAGCCAAGUGUCCGGUCUUCUGCAGCACAUCAGGAAGACGCAUCUGAUUGAGGAACCCGGGCAACUUCAGUCUAAAGAACCAAGGUCAGCCAAUGUCCUUCAGGAAGUAGACACUGAAACGUGCACUCCUGAGAUCACAAGGAGCACAACAAACACUUGUGAGUAUUGUGGGAAGGUCUUCAACGAUAUGUCCGCCCUGAACAGCCACAGAAAAACACACACUCUUACAUUCGACUGCGACAAGUGUGAGAAGAAGUACUCCUCCAGGGCGUCCCUGAAUGUGCACCGCCGGACCCACACAGGCGAUACGCCGUAUUUGUGUUCGCACUGUGGCCGGGGCUUCAGAACUUCAAACAGCCUCGGUUUCCACGUUCGCAUACACACAGGAGACCGGCGCUAUAAAUGUCCCAUUUGUGGGAAGACUUCAAUCCAGCACCUGGCGAGACACAUGCGGAUGCACAGAGGGGAAAAGAACUACCUGUGUACCGAAUGCGGGAAAGCUUUUCUCUCCUCCGGGGAGUUGAGGCUGCACAUCAGGUGCCACACGGGCGAGCGGCCGUACACGUGCAAACACUGCGGGAGAGGUUUCCGAGCAAAGUGCCUAUUGACAGUUCACAUGCGCCAACACACGGGAGAGAGUCCUUACAGGUGUUCCGUGUGUCCGAAAUCCUUUCAGACUUCGAGAGCGCAGAAAAGGCACAUCAUGAUCCACUCGAACAAGAAGUCUUUCCAGUGUUUGACGUGCGGUAAAAUAUUCAGGCAAGAAGACACUUUUGAAAUGCAUGUUCAGACACACAAUUGAAAGUAGUGGCUGGUGAUUUAAUACAAGAAGUGUACAAUAAUUGUAUGUUAUUCUGUUUGAAACAGCGCUAGUUGCAGUUUGGUUUUUAAAAUAUUCUGUAAGCUAAUUGCUAAAACAUCAGCAUGGCUCUAGUAAUCCAUUUUGCACGUUUUUUUUUUUUUUACCUACUUAAUAGAAAAUACAGUUAUUGCAUAAAAAUACAGUAACUCCAUUAAUGCAUAAAGGGAUAACUCAGUAAUUAUUUUCUGAAAACUAUGCAAAGCUACAAUUCCAAAAACAUGGCAAUUUAGUGCACAGACAAUCUGAGAAGUUGUUGUUAUCCAGUUGUAUCAUGGGAAUUGUAGGAUCCAGUAUUUUUGGUGUUUUAGCCAAACUCUGAGCUGAAAGUCAGGAUAUCUUGACCUCUGCAAAACAGAUUUUGACUAAUCUUCUUUAAUGUCUCUUGCGAGUCCCCCAAGUUAAUUAAAAUGCAAUGCUGAAUCGAUAGAUA